AUGGCAACUCAGCAUGACAUGGAGAUUGAGCAGAUGGAUGUGAAGACAUCGUUUCUUCAUGGGGAUCUAGAUGAGACAAUUUUCAUGGCUCAACCAGAAGGGUUUAUUGAAUAUGGGAAAGAGAACCUAGUAUGUCAACUAAGGAAGUCCCUGUAUGGCCUGAAACAGUCUCCAAGACAGUGGUACAGGAGGUUAGAUUACUUCAUGCUGAAAAUCAAUUUUAGAAGAUGUUUAUAUGACUGUUGUGUGUACUAUCAUGUGUUCCAAGAUGGGAUGAUCAUAUUGCUAUUGCUAUAUGUGGAUGACAUGCUAAUCGCUUGUCAAGACAAGUCUAGAAUUCAAGACUUGAAGAAGAUGUUGAGCAAUGAGUUUGACAUGAAGGAUCUAGGUGCAGCAUAG